AUGGCUGACAAGAGAACAAUCGCCGAGCUCGAUCGGCUAUCUCUCUACCCGGCAACGCCCCCAGAGACAGAAUCUCUCGCCUCUGCUGCACCGUCUGUGGGCUUGCCGGUCUCGGGCGUCAAUAAGAUUAUCGCCGAAAUUCGCAAUCGCAUCUGUGGCCGAGUCGAGGUCGAAGAGGAGUGGUGGUGCAUCAGUCUCAGACGUGACGAGUUCAAGGCUUUCGAGGCGCGUUUGGAAGCUGAAGGGGAUUACCGCUGGCCAAAGUACGACUACUUCCCUCAGCUCGCUAAGUUCGUCCUACGUAUGGCGAGCACUGUCCACGAAGCCGUUAUCGGCAGAUUCGAAGGCCUAUUAUAUGAGUUGGUACAGAAGAGUGAGGCUUUUGAUCAGACACUGAAGCGGAGGCGGGGGUCGGAUGAGGUUCCCGAAGGUAGAAGCAGGCAGAACAUGGUCAAGCAGAAGAUGGUCCGCCCGUCGCCAGAGAAACUCCCAUCCUCGGACGAGGGACGAUUCAAGGCAACUGAGGAAGAAGUUGAGAAGCAGCUUAGCGACUAG